AUGAGCUCCGCCCUCUCCGAGGCCGAGUAUCUGAAGCGGUACCCGUCCGGCACAGAUGCUGGCGUUCACUGUUCUGAGUCCGGUCGAAAGCUUAGUAAAAAGCGGCCGAAGUUUGGCGGGACCAGCGGCAAGGGAAUGAGGACUGUAGAUGAUGAUGUGAGCUGGACAGCUAUUUCUACCACUAAACCAGAAAAGGAGGAAGAAGAAGAUGAUGGAGAUGUGCCUGUGGUGGCUGAGUUUGUGGAUGAGCGGCCAGAAGAGGUAAAGCAGAUGGAGGCCUUUCGUUCCAGUGCCAAGUGGAAGCUUCUGGGAGGUCACGGUGAAGAUCUGGCCUCACCUAGUCAUUUCCAUCACGAUACCCCGGAUCCAUGUCAUCCCAGGAGGGCCCGUGAUGAUACCCCGGAUCCAUCUCCUCCCAGGAGGGUCCGUCAUGAUGCUCCGGAUUAUUCUCCCCACAGGAAGUCUCAUCGCAAUUCUACAGGGGUAUCUCCUAGGAGAGUCCAUCAUGACUCAUCAGAUCCAUGUCCUCAAAGGAGAGCCCAUCACAGUUCCUCAGAUGUCUCUUCCCCUAGAAGGGCCCAUAACAGCUCCCCUGACACAUCUCAGCCUAGGAGGACCCUUGACUCCUUGGACACAUGGCAACUCAGGAGGGCCGGUCAUGACUGCCCUGAAAUACUCACUCGUUCACUGCCCAGAGCCAAAAGCAGUAAAGCCCCAGAAAGAACCUCUAGGAAGACUUCUCCACAUGAGAAGGGGCCACUGCCAAAGUACAGCAAACAUGAAUAUGACUCAGCCCUCUCUGCUCUGAAAACAAGCAAAUGCCAUUUUGGAGAUAAGAAGCAGCUUGAUUCUAAAGCUAACUGCCAGAGAGCCUCUGAUUCAGAUCUUUCUCCUCCACAGAAUAGAAGACCUAGGCACUGGGGCUCGGAUUAUGACCUUUCUCCACCAAGGAGACAGAGGACCAAAUCUUCCGAUUCUGAUCUGUCUCCACCUCCAAGGAGUCAGCCUCCUGGAAAGAAGGCUGCAUAUAUGUAUUCUGGGGCUACAGCUGGGUUGGUGUUAACUGACGUCCAGGGAAAGCAGCAGGAGCUCAAGAAAAGGGACCAAGAAACCAUGGCAUUUGAAGCUGAAUCCCAGUGUGCUGAAACUGUAUUUCGAGAUAAGUCUGGUCGUAAGAGGAACUUGAAACUGGAGUGUUUAGAGCAAAGGAGGAAAGCAGAGAAGGACUCAGCAAGAGGUGAACUGUAUGCCCAGUGGGGAAAAGGGCCUGCCCAGAGCCAGCAACAGCAGCAAAAGGUAGACGAUGCCAUGAAGAAGAUGCAAAAGCCUCUGGCUCGCUAUAUGGAUGAUGAAGAUCUGGAUCAGAUGCUAAGAAAACAAGAAUGAGAGGGAGACUCCAUGGCCAACUUCAUCAAGAAGAAUAAGGCCAAGGAGAGCAAGCAUAAGAAAGUGAGACCUCGCUACAGUGGUCUAGCACCUCCUCCCAACAGAUUUACUAUCUGGCCUGGAUAUCGCUGGGAUGGAGUGGACAGAGCCAACGGAUUUGAACAGAAGCGCUUUCCCAGACUUGCCAGCAAGAAGGCAGAGGAGGAACUUGCCUACAAAUGGAGUGUGGAAGACAUGUAACUUUUCGGAGGCUGUGGGGAUGGCUGUGGGUUAUG